AUGAGCUCCCACAACUUUCAGCAUCAGGGGCUGGAGGAGUCCGUAGAGCAGCGGGACAGUCACACCAACCUCGGGCCGCAGACCCCAGAGUCCGAUCCUCCUGUGGCUCCCCUUCACUCGAACCCGGACGGAGGCCAGCCAGGGCAUCAUUCCCGAUCCACUCGCACUGCUGACGGGGACGCCGGCCCCGGCUCAUCCAAGGAGAAGACCAAAAAGAAGCCCCGGAGGCGCGCGAACCUUGCCGAGAUUGCCGCUGCCGCCGCUGCCAAAAGCUCCUCCGGCAGCCACGCAGGCACGACCCCCGCCCUCAGCAUGUGGCUGGACCAAGACAUGUCCGAGGAGCCCUACAACACGCUCGAGCCCGACAGUCACUACUCCCGGACCGGCAGCGAACCCGAAGUCACGGCUAUGGCCGUUGAGCAGUCUGACGAGCACAGCGCCGCGGCUGCGACCAUCGGGGAAUGGGAUGCCAGUGAGCGGGAGUAUACCCAUGCUCAUAUGUAG